AUGGGGAGUGGUAUAUGCAAUAUGUACAUCGUAGGAGACUGGGUUACACCCGGAGUGGAAUUUGUAGAUGCCUAGAGCCUCGAUUCUGUAAUUACAAACAAUAUGAAUGCAGAAAUACAGAGACAUUAUUGGACAUCAUCUUUUUUUCUACCAGUCGGAACAAUUUUCAUUCUUGCCCUGGUAUUUCUUUUAAUGGUUUUAUUCAAAAGAUGCCCACAAAUGAUUGCAGCGAUUGUUGUGUCUAUUCUUGGUAUAACUAUUAUAUUCGCUGCAUUAGUAUCCGUCAGCCAUAAACCAAUUUAUGUUUAAUACGAUAUUAUGCAAAACAUGAUGUAGCGUUUCAUCUUUUCCAUCAUCACUGGUCCAAUAACUAUUGUAACGAUGACUAUGGAAACUUCCACAUAAUUUCUAUAAAUAUACAUU